AUGCUCUCUUUCAUGGUACCUCGUAUGUUAAAGGGUCAUCUGUUAUGGACUCCAGCGAUGCAAUCGACGUUAUUUUCGGCUACUUAUUAUGGUGGUCUGGUGACGGUACUCCCUGGUGGAAUACUUGCGGACCGUUUCAGCCCAAAAAUAAUUCUUAUGAUCGCCAUCGCUGACUAUGUGCUCAUCUCAGCGUUAACUCCACUGCUCGUAAACGUCAACUAUUAUGCGUUCUUUGCAGCGCGCAUUCUCAUGGGAUUUGGUGAAGGUCUUGUGCUACCAACGAUGUCCUCUCUGGCAGCUCGCUGGUUUCCUCAAACUGAACGCAGCACCAUUGCUGCAAUAUAUACAUCCGGCAAUCAAGUAGCCACGUCGUCGAUAUCGGUGAUUGGUUCAGCUCUUUGCACAGCAGACUUCCUCGGAGGAUGGCCAUCUAUUUUUUAUUGUCUCGCCAUAGUUGGUGUCGUUUGGAUCGUUUUGUGGUAUUUGCUGGUCUCGAGUUCACCCGAUGAGAGUAGAUGGGCUUCGAAGCGUGAGAAACGUUAUCUCAGCACAUAUGUUGAAAACACUGAUAAACAGCUGAUGGUUAUCAAUUCCAUUCCAUGGCUGUCAAUAGCGUUAUCAGCACCAAUGAUCGCAGAUCUAUUAUCGACGUUUGCUGCUAACUACACAGCUACAAUGUUUCAAGCGUUCUUGCCAACCUUCUAUAAAGAAGUUUUAUUUGUUGAUUUACAUAAGAAUGGUUGGUUCACAACAGCACCGUUUAUAACGCAGCUUAUUUCGAAAAACAUAAUGGGCAUCAUCUCAGAUAAACUGAAAAGAUCUUCAGUUCUUAGUCCAACUGUCGCAUGCAAAAUAUUUCAAGUCUCCGGAAUAGGAGCAGCAGCCGUAAUACCCGGCUCAAUGACCAGCCUCAUAAGUCUAGCGCCAAAUUACACUGGUACACUAAUUUCAAUUUCGAUGAUUUUCGGACAAAUCGCCAACAUGGCCGCGCCAAAUGUGGUUGCUUUAGUUAAGCGUAAGGUAUGUACGUAA